CUUUCUCCGGUUCGAAUGACAAUCGUUCGAUUUGCGUCAGCUGAGAGAGAAACAACGGCAGAGCGCGUAUUCGUACUCUUUCCCAUGCAGUGCUAAUUUACACCAAUUGUGUGGUAAUUUAGUAGCAGCAGAGUGUUUACUGUGGUGGUGUUUCGAAGAAAGGUUUGUGAUUACAUGUGCAUGAGCAUGUUCCAGUACUAUUAUUUACUACACAUAUCGGCGUCAUCCACAAAUUGAACCGCAAGAAGUAAGGUCAAACGCUACAAAUCGUGGACGGCAUUGCGUAAUCUCAUAAACCUUAGGUUACUUAUCGGUACCAGUAUUGCAUCGAUUUGCGAAAAUGAGCGAAAUUGCAGUGCAAGAUCUGACAUUGAAUGGGUGCUCCUCAUCGGCCGCAGAUGCAAGCGUAGGGAUAUCGAGAACUACUGAAGAGAUUCAAAUCCCUGUUCCAUGGGGAAUAGUUGCAGGUAAAUGGUGGGGUUCCCGGCAGAAGCAGCCAGUGCUAGCAUUCCACGGAUGGCAGGACAAUGCAGGAACAUUCGAUAGGCUUUGUCCGCUCCUUCCGGAGCAUAUUUCCAUUCUGGCGAUUGACCUUCCUGGCCAUGGCAAAUCGUCCCAUUAUCCGAAGGGAAUGCAUUACUACAUCUUUUGGGAUGGAAUUUCGCUGAUUCGACGAAUUGUGAAAUAUUUCGGCUGGAGCAAAAUAACGUUGAUGGGACAUUCGCUUGGAGGCGCCCUAAGUUUUAUGUAUGCAGCUGCCUUUCCUGACCAAGUUGAGGGAUUCGUUUGUAUUGACAUUGCGGGGCCUCCAGCAAGAGACCAUCGGAAACAAGCAGCAAGUCUAGGCGACUGCAUCGAUAAAUUUUUGUAUUAUGAAACACUACCAGAAUCCAAGAUGCCCUGCUACAGUUAUGACGAUGCGAUCGAUGUGGUUCUCGCUGCCUAUGAUGGGUCGGUAGAUUUACAAUCGGUGGAAGUGCUCAUGCAACGCGGAAUGGCACCAGCUCCCGCUCAUUCCAACAAGGAAGGAUAUCAUUUCUCCAGAGACUUACGUCUGAAGGUCGCUCUCAUGGGUAUGCUCUCGCUUGAACAGGUCAUAGCGCAUGCUGAACGAAUUAAAUGUAAAGUGCUGAAUAUACGGGCCAUCCCGGGAUUACAUUUCGAAAAUCAGGAGUACUAUCCCAGUGUGAUAGAAGCGAUGAAGAAAUCUUCGGCCCGACUGAUUUAUCAUGAAAUCCCUGGCACGCAUCACAUUCAUCUGGUCACCCCGGAGCGAAUAUCUCAGCAGGUGUCGAACUUUCUGCUGGAAACGAAUGUUUCUUAAAUCAUUGUGUGACUUUCUAAUAAGCACCCCGUUUCGAUCUUUUAUCAUAUUCCAUGUUUGUUGAUAGCACUCUCGGCUUGUUUCAAGCACCACUUUUGACCUAGUUAUACAAUCUGUUAGAUUGACGGUACAAAACAAAUAAAAUUAAUCUGACGCACUAUUUCAACGCAGAUAAUUGAAAAUAAGAAAAAAAAACUAUUUAUAUGUUAGCAUUAAAUAACUUUAGCAAAGGCGAGGUAUUAGAAAGUAAUUUUAACUAAAUAGCAAAAAAUAACUGUUUAACAGUUGGGUAUAUAUUUGUAUUUAAAGGGUUGUGUGAAAUAUAGUUGUGCUUUAUUCACGCGA